AGGUACACUUAUUCAUGUAUGGACUGCUAUUUGGAUUCGCUGAUACAUGGGCGGCAAUGCCAGACAACAAAAUGGUGGGCAAGGCUAUCAGAGACACUGAGAAACUGAAAAUAAUCGCAAGCAAUCCCAGGAGAUAUACCGGGAAGCCAAGGGUGGGAACUAUGAGGGAGAUUGCCAGGCAGUGUGAAUACGUCCAGAACAAUUUCCACAAGGUCACUGCUCCAUUUUUGACAGUGCAUGGGACAUCUGAUGGUGUUACAUGCCCUACAGGCUCGAAAUUGUUGUACGAGAAGGCAAGCAGCACGGACAAAUCCCUCAAGCUUUACGAUGGAAUGUAUCAUUCGUUGAUUCAAGGGGAGCCUGAUGAUGCUGCCAAUCUUGUUUUAGCUGAUAUGAGAGCUUGGAUUGAUGAGAGGGUUGAGAGGUAUGGUCCAAAGUGCAAUGGCUCUGCAUAAUUCUCUUCCACUUGAACUCUGCUUAAUCGAUGUAUUCUUUGGUGCGUGACCCCAAAUUUGGUGGAUCACUGGACACACAUUUGGUGAACUAUAUCAUUUUAAGCCAAGAUAUAUUCAGAAAAAGAAAUGAAAGUUACUUAAUUUGAUAAUGA